AUGAUUAAGCAAAGCACCGAGUUUGAUGCGUACGGUAACCCGAUUAUUCAUCUACCGGCCGAAGAUCGACCACUGGUCACGGAACUGCUGGUCUAUCUGGAACCCAACAUUCGACCCAUCCACCCCCGAUUUGUGAAAUUAUGCCAUGCCGCCAAAAAGUACGCGUCUCAUACGGUAUUGAUUGAUGUGGCCAAGUACUUUUUACAGCAUUGUUCGGUAAGUUUUUAGCUUUUUUGGGUGGAAGGGGAGGAAGGCAAGGUAAUGUUAGGGGGUAUGCUAUUGUAGGGUAGGGUAGUUUAAGGUACAGUAGGGUAGUGUCGGGUAUAUAAUUAACAGUUUUUCUGAAAUUAGCAUACUCGAUUUAGUCGGAAAAGACACUUUACACGUUCAUUUUGAACAUCUUUUAAUAUAAUAGUUGUUAACAAUAAGUAUUUACAACUGUAGGGUUGACUCGGUUAUCGUAAAGUAAGGGAGGAUACUGUAGAGUAGGCUACUGUAAGAUAGGAUACUGUAAUCUAUGCUAGGAUACUGUUAGUGUAGACUGGUCGACUGUAAGGGUACUGUAAGUGAGGGCAGAUUAGGCUAUUCUAGGAUAAAAUACCCUGAAUUUAUCUUAUUAUUUUAUGUAAACAAAGUUUCUUCCAUUUUCAGCCCUACAUGUCUUCUCUGACACAACGAGUCACAGAAGCAAUUCACUGUAAUCUUGGCGAAGAGGUCGUUCCCAAGUUCAUGUUCGAUGCCGUCAAGAACAAGGAGUGGUCGAAAGUGAUUAGCCAAGUCAGUGAACCAAGCACCUUGUUCCCGGAAGACGUCUACAACGACUUUGUCGCUCCAGCCUGUAUUCAAGCUCAGAAAAAGCGAAAUUUCGAAUUUCCGACCAAAGAACAGUUGAUCUUGAGGUGAGUGGAAGGAAAGUUGUUUUGGAAUUUGGAAACAUUGGGUUUGGAAAUAAAGUUUCUUCAUAUUAAAAGAAUGGAGGUUGGAAAGAAAGUUAUUGUUGUUUUUCGUAAAAUUGUGAUUUGUAAAGAAAGUUCUUGCAAAUUUUUGUUUUGUAAAUAAAGUUCUUGCCAUUUUUUAGGGCUCGAACUGCAAGUGACCCAAAUGUCGUCAAGUUGACCUACAGUGGAGUGACAGUACUGGCCCACAAAGGAAUGCUACAAGCCCAAAGUAUGGCUAAGUUCGGUACUAGUGCUGAUUUGGAAGCUAGAGGUAAGGUUGUAAAGAAAGUUCUUGCUUUUUAUUUGUAAAGAAAGUUUUUGCCAUUUUUUGUUUUGGAAAGAAAGUUUUUGCGGUUUUUUGUUUUGUAAAGAAAGUUUUUUCCAUUUUUUUGAAAUUGAAAUCUUCAUUUUUAGAGUAUUACCCAAUCUUCAGUGUGGCCACUCGUGAAUAUCUCCAGAAGCUUCACAUCAAUCUAAAGCACUUUCUCAACGAAUUCCUGGAUUUUGCUUAUUAUGGGAAGGGCGUCUGCAACAAGUGCAUCAAACCCAUGCUGAUCUUUGCUCAUGACAAUGAAUUGAACUUUUUGAAGGCCAAAAUGGAAGAGGUAAGCGAUUGGAUAUGGGUUUUAUCGCUUUGUAAAGAAAAUUGGGAAAUGGACGAAAUGUCACAAAAAAUCAAUAGUCUUUGUGAAAUUUCGUCUUAAUAUUUCGGGGUUUUUUUGGUUAUUAAGCAAGUAGGAGUAUUUUUUGUCGUCUACUUUUUGAAGAAUUUUGAAAUUUUUAAAAAUCAAUAUUUUUUGUGACAUUUCGUCAUUUUUGACGUCGCUUUAUGGUGCCUAGAAACAAAGCAUAGGCAUUUUAUAAGUUAGUUUUACAUAAUUGAGUGAUUUUGACUUUUUUAAAUAAUUUUGUGACAUUUCGUCUUUUUUUGAAAUUUUUUAUAAUACGACCAUGGAAGGUGAUAAUAAUGAAAGUCAAUUAAAUUUUAAAUAGAUUAAAGGAAGUUAAAAUAGCUUUUUAUUUUCAAAAAAUUGAUAUUUGUGUAAAAUUUCGUCUUUUCAGGCCAUUAUGGGUGAACCACCAAUCACAUCGACGAUGCUAAAGGAGCAUUUCGUACUGGCUUCGAAGUACAAUUUGGAGAAUCUGAUGCGAUUGAGUUUAUUGCGAAGCGAAGGCCAUUAUCUGUCUGUGGCGCAGGCGCUGAUUAACAUGACUGGCGUGGUGAAUGAGCUGAGUUUGCCAACCAUGAGGAAGCUGGUUCAUCGACUGUGCUCGGGAUGGUCGUUGGUCGAUCGGAAGAUGGCUGAGCGGUAAGUUUUUGAUGUUUUUUUGAAAGACUUUGUUUUGGAAAAGAAGUUCUUGCCAUUUGAUGUUUAUUAAAGAAAGUUCUUGUCAUUUUUUGGAUUGUAAAGAACCUUUUUGUAGAUUUAAAAAAAAUGGUGUUUGGAAAGAUGCGGUUUUAAUUUGGUUACUUUCAGCAAUGCCACCAGGAAAACCUGUCGUCGCUUGUUCGUGGGCCGCGAAAGGCCAAUGGAGAGGUUCAUCGACCCAACUCCGACCCAAGAAGUCACCCAAACCAACACUGUUGGGGUUGGCUUCGUGGGGAAUAAUAACAGGAAAAUAAAUGUAAGCUUUUUAUUCUUAUUUAUUUCUCAUUACAAAGUUACAACUGGUGACGAAAGAUAA